AUGGAUGCAGAUCAUGAUUUGGAGAAGCCGCAUGCUCGACGACCUACGGCCACAGUCGCGGAAGGAGUUGCUCGAAUCAAACCAAUUUCGUCUGCCGAUCUGUCCAUGGCCCGCCAAGUUCUCCUAGACAUUGAGCCUUACGAACGAAGCAAGCAUCACUUGGACUUGGCCAAAACCGUAUACGCAGUCUGGUCGGCCGGUGGCGUCGGUGGCAAAGCGCGGUCACCCGAGCUCCAAUGGAGUUAUCUUGUUCGAUCGCUCGCCCGCUACGGCGGGUCUCAGGAGGCUCUGCAAAUGCUGUACACGAAGUGGAAUGACUCCACCUACGCACCAUACCUGAAUGGCGACGAAAGGCUCGUCGAGGCUGUUGCGCGAGGACUCGCUCGCGAGGGGCUGGAGAGGGAACUCGUCGAACUGAUCGAACAUGCCGAAAGCCAUGGCGUACCCUACGAUGCCGGCCUACAAUCCGUCGCUGUUAUAUACUUCGCACAACGAGACCGAGUUCCCGAAACCAAGAUGUGGCUUGCGAAAGCAAUACCCCAACAGUCCAGUCAUGUGGACGUGUACCGGGAGGUGGCUUUCUUUGCGAUGCGCAAUGGCCUGCAAAGUUGGGCGACGCCGAUGUUUGUACAACUUGGCGAAUCGCAACCGAAAAAGAAGCAUUGGGAUGUUCUGUUGCAGGCCAUUCUUCUCCACGGCAAGUGCCUCGACGAGGUCAACACGAUGAUGUCGCACAUGGUCGAUCGCAACGGCACGCUGUCGCCCGACAUGAACACGCUGAAUGGUCUCCUUCGAGUGGCUGUUGAGGCAAAUGAUUUGUCACUCGCGGACGAGAUCCUUGCUGACGAGAUCUUGGCUCUGGGUACGGAAAGGGGACUGUCGCCGAACGGUGAGACUUACAUGAUCUUGCUACAAAUGCACCUGGUGACGGGUGAUUUGGCUGGAGCCAAGGCUGCGCACGAUAAAAUCAGACAUUUGGAGCCCUGGGCGAACCAGGCAAAGCCAGAACUGUUCAGCGAGUAUCGGCACCUACUGAGCCGGUACCUGGUGGUGCUUUGCCAGCAGGCACGGCCGGACUUUGCGCUCAUCGCUACGCUGUUGGAGACCAUCGAAGAGGAUCAAAUCCUGUUGGAUCCAGAGACGGCGGCCUUGAUCUGCGUCAAGUUUCUCGACAACGACCAGCACUUUGAUGUCAUGGACAUUUUGUCCGUGCAUGCGUUCCUGUACAGCGAGGGGCAGCGGGAAGUUGUCCAGAACGCAUUCGUAGGAUUUUGUCUUGAUUCUCAAACGAGCACUUCGCGAGCCUGGGGGUGCUACCAGAUUCUCCAGCAGUUCUUCGAGGAUACCAGCUUCGAGCGACGGAUGAAGCUUAUGGAAUCUUUCUUCGACCGCAAACGGCCCGACAUGGCGUCCAAAGUCUUCGGUCACAUGCGGCAACACAGAAACAAAUCAUAUCACCCUAGGAUAGACACGUACGUCGGAUGUUUGGAAGGAUUCGCACGCUUUCCAGACGUCGAGGGGCUGGCGAUGGUGCACAACAUGCUCAAGAUGGACACGACGAUACAACCGACAACAAGGCUUCGCACAGCCAUGAUUCUGGCGUACGCAGCGUGCGGAGAGUCCCUGACGGCUCUGGAUUUCUGGGACGAGAUUACGCUGUCGAGCGAGGGGCCGUCAUACGCAAGUCUCGAGGCCGUCUUCUGGGCACUGGAGAAGAAACCGGGAGGGGACAAGAAGGCACGCGAAAUAUGGGAGAGGAUAGAGAGGAUGGAUCUAGAGGUGCCACCGGCCGUCUACAAUGCCUACAUUGGCGCCGUCGCCGGCAGCGGCAACGAAAAGGAGAUUCGAGGUCUUAUCAUGAACAUGGCGUCCUUUGUCGGAGCGGAGCCGGACGCAAUGACGUGA